AUGGGAGGAGAUUCAGUAUCAGUAUCAGGUAAAAGAACCCCUUUUCGUUUCUUUCUUUCAAAGAUGCUUUCAGUUUCCAGCAACAACAAAAAUUCAAAGAUGAUUUCAGUUUCAGUUUCUAGUAACAACCAAAGUUUAUCAUCAGCAUCAACUAUAGGCGGCAAUAGUGAUGUUUUAAUAAACAUUCUAUAUCUUUUACCACUGAAAUCUUUGUGCGCAUUCAAAACCGUAUCAAUACAAUGGCACUCUCUAAUAUCUGAUCCAUACUUUGAAAGAAACUAUAAUCGUCAGAGUUGUCGUCUUAGGAUGCCUGCACUGUUUAUCAACAGAGUAUCGAUGGAGCCAGAAUUUGUGACAGAUUUAGAACCUAAGACUUUGGUCAUGGAUGAACAAAACGGUUUUGAUUACGUUCCCUUCGAUAUUCCACUUCCUGCUAACCUUACCUGUCGCAUAAACUUUGAACAUGCUUGCAGUGGUCUUGUUCUUUGUAAAUUUGUUGAUCAUAGACCUCGCACAACUUAUGUCAUAUACAAUCCGUCAAUGAGGUGUUGCAAAACCCUUCCUUCGGCUCCAUUCAGAAACACUCGUGUCCCUAUUAUUCUGAGUGUCACUAUAGCUUUUGAUCCUGCAAAAUCAAGUUACUAUCAAGUUGUGAGUGUCUGCAAUGAAAAUAUCAGCAAAGGUUUGUUUCAUAUUGAAAUCUAUUCUUCCGAGACAGACUCCUGGAGAGAUGCAGGAGAUCCCUUUCCUUUCUCUUCACCUGGUAGAUUAGCGCUGUCUGGUGUGUAUUGGAAUGGUUCAGUGCACUGGAUCGAUCAGUGGAGCGCAACUCUUCAUUAUUUUGAUAUUGAUUGUGAGUUAAUGAAGACAGUUGCAAUCCCAACACAGCCGCGUUCCGUAGGAGAUGAUAAUUGGCAGGUUGAAUACUUUAACGAGUGCAGGGGACAUUUUCAUCUUAUGGAGAUGCGUAUGGAUUAUACGGGAUGGGAUGCCAAGUACUGCUUUGAUCUUAGUUCAUUAACAACUGUAUACCCCAGCAUUCUCCAACGAAGAUACUACCAUUAUUUUGGGUUGGAUGUGCUGCUUAUUGAGGAAGGCGAAGAUUCAUCAAGGUUGAUAUUACGGAUAGCAAAGGAAAAGGUGAUAUCCUUUGACCUUAAAAAUAAGAGUUUUAAGGAAAUGUAUGAUGUUCGUCCAGGUUUUUGCGUAAAGGGAUUUCAAUAUAUCGAAACACUUGCUCAUGUUUGA